ACCCAACACCACCCUCUCUCUCUAUCUUCCAUGGCCUCUCCUCCUCUUUUCAAAGAAACCAUGUUUCCCCUCCUCCUCCUCUUCACCUCUCUCUUCCUCUCAACCCAAGAAACCGAACUUAAAAAUGACUCUCUUUCCUUUUCUUUCCCUCUCACCUCCCUCCCUCGUUCUCCACAAACCUCUCCAAGUUUCUACUCUUCUUUCAUCUCACAAUCCAAGAAAACCCCAGCACUCAAAAGCGCAGCAUCACCAUAUAAUUACAGGUCAAGAUUCAAGUACUCGAUGAUAUUACUAGUGUCUCUCCCUAUUGGGACACCACCACAAUCUCAGCAAAUGAUUUUGGACACAGGCAGCCAGUUGUCAUGGAUUCAGUGCCAUAAAAAGGUUCCUAGGAAACCCCCACCUAGUACUGUCUUUGAUCCUUCUUUGUCUUCUUCAUUCUCGGUUUUACCAUGUAAUCAUCCACUUUGUAAGCCUAGAAUCCCUGACUUUACCCUACCAACUUCCUGUGACCUGAAUCGUCUGUGCCAUUAUUCUUACUUCUAUGCUGAUGGAACAUUAGCUGAGGGUAACCUUGUAAGAGAAAAGAUUACAUUUUCUACGUCUCAAAGUACCCCUCCCUUGAUCCUAGGUUGUGCCGAGGAUGCUAGUGAUGACAAGGGUAUCUUGGGAAUGAAUCUUGGGAGGCUGUCCUUCGCUUCCCAGGCUAAAAUAACCAAGUUCUCGUAUUGUGUGCCCACCCGGCAAGUUCGGCCCGGUUUUACACCAACCGGGUCCUUUUACUUGGGUGAGAACCCGAAUUCAGCUGGGUUUCAGUAUAUUAGUCUUUUGACGUUUUCCCAAAGUCAACGGAUGCCCAACUUGGACCCUUUGGCUCACACUGUCGCCUUGCAAGGAAUUAGGAUUGGCAACAAAAAAUUAAAUAUCCCGGUUUCAGCCUUCCGGGCUGAUCGUAGCGGGGCGGGUCAAUCCAUGAUUGACUCGGGGUCCGAGUUCACUUACUUGGUGGAUGAGGCUUAUAAUAAGGUGAGGGAGGAAGUAGUGAGACUAGCGGGGCCAAGACUGAAAAAGGGCUACGUGUAUAGUGGUGUAUCCGAUAUGUGUUUCGAUGGGAAUGCGAUGGAGAUCGGACGGUUGAUAGGCAAUAUGGUGUUUGAAUUUGACAAGGGUGUGGAGAUAGUAAUUGAGAAGGGGAGGGUUUUAGCAGAUGUUGGUGGUGGGGUCCAUUGUGUUGGGAUCGGACGGUCAGAAAUGCUGGGCGCUGCUAGCAAUAUAAUAGGAAAUUUUCAUCAGCAAAAUCUAUGGGUGGAGUUUGAUAUAGCCAAUCGUAGAGUGGGCUUUGGGAAGGCUGAUUGUAGCAGAUCAGUGUAAUAAAACAUUAGUACGUGGUAGAUAUUAUAAUGUAAUGUAUAUGGGGCCAGGAGAGUUAAUCAGGUAGUAAAUGCAACACUGUACAAAUUGAAAAUAUCAGUACGGUCUUUUCGUGCUCACCUGAUCCAAUGGCCCACAUCAAACUAACAUUUAGGCCCCAUAUCAAUGGUUUGCAAUGUUUGUACUACCAUUCAUUUAGUUUGUACGUGGUAUGGAAAAAUGUUCAAUGUUUUAGAAUUAA